AUGUCGGGCUGGGCGGACGAGCGCGGCGGCGAGGGCGACGGGCGCAUCUACGUGGGGAACCUUCCGACCGACGUGCGCGAGAAGGACCUGGAGGACCUAUUCUACAAGUACGGCCGCAUCCGCGAGAUCGAGCUCAAGAACAGGCACGGCCUGGUGCCCUUUGCCUUCGUGCGAUUCGAGGAUCCCCGGGAUGCUGAAGAUGCAAUUUAUGGAAGGAAUGGUUACGAUUACGGCCAGUGUCGACUUCGGGUGGAGUUCCCCAGAACUUACGGAGGUCGGGGUGGGUGGCCCCGUGGUGGGAGGAAUGGACCUCCUACAAGAAGAUCUGAUUUCCGAGUUCUUGUUUCAGGACUUCCUCCCUCAGGAAGCUGGCAGGACCUGAAGGAUCACAUGCGAGAAGCUGGGGACGUCUGUUACGCAGAUGUGCAGAAGGAUGGAAUGGGAAUGGUCGAAUAUCUCAGAAAAGAAGACAUGGAAUAUGCCCUGCGUAAACUGGAUGACACCAAAUUCCGCUCUCAUGAGGGUGAAACUUCUUACAUCAGAGUUUAUCCAGAGAGAAGUACCAGCUAUGGCUACUCACGGUCUCGGUCUGGGUCAAGAGGCCGUGACUCUCCAUACCAAAGCAGGGGUUCCCCACACUACUUCUCUCCCUUCAGGCCCUACUGA